AUGCUUCAUACUCCCUCCAUAAGAGAAUCGCACGACAAAAGCCAAUCGGUGGUCAACUCCUAUGAGCAAGACGACACAGAGAAAGCUCUUAACGAUAGGAUUGAAUCCUUCAUACAAUCAUUGAGAGAGCCCAAAUUUGAUAAACCCUUAACGCUGGACGAGAUUGGUAGCUUAUUCCAAACUUUUUAUGACGAGUACCAUCAACAGGCCGUCAUAUUGGUGGGAUCUCAGCAAAUGAAUGGUAUUUCCCGGACGCCUCUCGCUUCAUCCCAAGAAGAUUUGUCAACGGACGAAAACAAGCCUUUCGCACGCCCUGUAGACAGGGUUUUCUUGUACGACCAAAGAGCAGAAAAGAGAUUGACCGAUCUGUUCUACUCUAAGCUAUACUCUAGUUCAUCCAGCGCCACUGAUGCCGAGAUCAACGUAAAUCUCAACACAAAGUUGGAUAGGCUAAGAAUGUCAAACUUGUCCCUAGAGCAAUUGGCAUUGAGCUGUGAAGGUACCUCCCAGCAAUUAGUGAAGAAACUGAGUGCAGCUCACAUUGACCGUGUAUUGGUACGAUUGAAAAGGGAGAGAGGCCCGUUUGAGAAAAUCACAUCGCUAGCGCAGAUCCACGACUUGAUCAAUUCAGUGGUGUCAUUAGACGGGGACUCAUCGUUAGCCCUUGCCAUUUUUGUUUGCAUCUAUUUUUUCAGAGAUUUGUUUCUCCAAUUGCACUACAUACGACGAUUUUCCAACCCAUACGUAUUACAAGAACACGGAAAAUUGUCCUACAGCCUCACCAAUUUCCAAGCAGCUCUGGAAUUUUUACUUAACGUCACAGCAAAAGAUCUUGGACUGUCGGAUCCAGCCAUCACAGCUUUACCGGCCCAUGAAAAGAAGCCAUACAGUUACAAUCUACGAAGCUUUUUGGGCCGUUUUGCCCAACCACUCCCUACCGAUGAAGAUGAUCGAUUAUUGUCCAAACUAACCUCAUCUGUCAUGAAAAAUUUAAGACCCUUAUCAGCAUCUCCAUCAAGUACGUCGCUUAACGAAGGUGUUACAGCGUCGUUGACUCCCAAAAAUGCACGUAGUCGUGCAACUUCAUUAAUCGGUCAACGUAGAAACAGUAACUCUUGCACUGUUGCUUCCAACGAGCUUUUACAAUUAGUGAUUCAUUUGAAAAAGAAUGAUCUUCACAAUAAGCAGUUUGAGCAACUAACGAUACUAGAAUUACGCCAACUACUACAUGACUACAAAACGAUAAUGGAUACCGUAUGA